CGCGACAAAUUCACAAUCUCGUCUCCGAACAAAAAUAAAAAUAAUACAGAUUCUCCGAAACUCGAAGUAGCAUCAGAAGAUGGCGAUUACGUCAGCAGCUUCCGGCUUUCUUCUGACGGCCAACGUCGCCGUCUCUUCAUCCGUCGGUGGUUCGUCGAGGAGCGCCGCCGCAGUGUCUUUCUUGCCGAUGCGGAGCUCUCUCGGAUCGAGGCUCGUAGUCAGGGCGGCGGAGGAGGCAAAUCCGGCCCCGGCCGCUGCGGAGGAAGGUGCUACGGCCACAACCGCGGCUCCGGCGGCGGACGCUGCCCCCCAACCCAAGCCACCUCCGAUCCGCCCCAAGAGAGGCGCCAAGGUCAAGAUUCUGAGGAAAGAGUCAUACUGGUACAAGAACGUCGGUUCAGUCGUCGCCGUUGAUCAGGAUCCGAAGACCCGGUACCCGGUGGUCGUCCGGUUCCCGAAGGUGAACUACGCCAACGUAUCUACCAACAACUACGCAUUGGACGAGGUGCAAGAAGUUAAAUGAGAAACCGAAAAUUGUGAUUUUGGUUUAUCUUUAUACCGGUCCCCUAUUUCCUUGUAGCUUAAACCGAACCGUAUGUAACAAGAGGUUGACCUUCUCUUCUUCUAAUGUUGUUCUUACAUUGUGAAUC